AUGCGCAGUGAUGUCAAGGCUGAUGGUGCUGGAGAAGCUAGUAAACCUACAGAGAUGCCUAUGCAGAGAAGAAAACGUAUUUCCACUGUGCCCAAUCUGAAACCGAGAGCUGGGCCUUCAUCUGCGCAGCGUUUAGCAUCAAAACCUCUGAGGCAAGCAUCACAGGCUCCUGAAGGCAGUGCUUCACUUCAGAAGGAUUCGUCUCCAUCAGAGGAGAGUAAUGUUGAAAGCUCUUUAAAGUCUCCUAUGCUGCCUGAAAAGAAAAUACCUGUACCACAAGUGCCACAGUUUUCCCCACUAAAAAAAUCAGCAAACAAAGAGCAAACUGUAGAUGUAACUGCUCAAAAAAAUGAUGAUACCUUGCAGAAGAAUGUACCCUCCCCACUCAAGGAGAGACCAACACAGGAAAGAUCAGGACCACAAGAGGAAAAGCUACCUGUGAAUCCUGCUCCUGUAAAAGAGAAACGAGUAUGUUCUGACCGUGAAAGGAUCCUCAAAGCUCGGAAGUUAAGAGAAAUGCUUAAAGAAGAGCUGAAGAAAGAGCGGAUGAAACAGUUGAAACACAGGCCUCCAGUAAUUGAGGGACGUUCUCCACCAGAUCGUUCUAAAAUGACCAUGAGAGACUUGAUAUACUAUCUACCAGAAAACAAUCCUAUGAAGUCUUCACUGGCAGAAGAAAAGAGAACAGAAAAAAGUUCUGCACUGAAUCAAAUGAAAGAACAAGAAGAGAAAAGUACUCCUGAUCAUGAAGAUGAGGAGGAAGAUGAGGAAGCAGAGAAUGGGGAGGAGAGUCAGGAUGGUCCACUUCUAGUUCCUCGUGUGAAAGUAGCAGAAGAUGGUUCAAUUAUUCUGGAUGAAGAAAGUUUAACUGUAGAAGUUCUAAGAACAAAAGGUCCAUGUGUUGUAGAAGAAAAUGACCCUAUCUUUGAACGUGGCUCUACAACUACGUAUUCGAGCUUCAGGAGAAGUUUUUACACAAAACCAUGGUCAAAUAAAGAAACAGACAUGUUCUUUUUAGCAAUCAGUAUGGUAGGAACAGACUUUUCCUUGAUUGGACGGCUGUUUCCUCAUAGAGCCAGAGCAGAAAUUAAGAACAAGUUCAAACGUGAGGAAAAAGCUAAUGGAUGGAGGAUAGACAAAGCUUUCAAAGAAAAGCGGCCUUUUGACUUUGAAUUCUUUGCCCAGCUGCUUGAGAAGGUCUUAGCAGAUGAGGAAAAGAGGAAGCAUAAGACCGUUAAAAGCCAGAAGCCAAGGGAAAAGAAGCCACCAAGGCCUCGGAAGAAGCCAAAAGCAAAAGCUGCCAGCACAGAAGCUGCUAAUGAUCAAGAUGAUUCUCAGGAAGCCAGAAUUUCUGGUGCAGAAACAGAAGCAGAUGCUGUGACAGCUGAGAAAGAAAAUGAGGAAUCUUUGGGCAUUUCUGAACAGGCAGAAGAACAGGCUGCAUUAGAGCCAGUGUUAGUGAAAAAGAAGAGAAAGAAGAAGAAAAAAGAUGAUCUUGAACAGGAAAGAGAGAAUCUUCCAGAAGAAAUGGCUGUCCCUCCAAAAAUUGCUGAGGAAGGGAAGUCCCCUAAGAAAACAGAAAAAAGCGUGGUAUGUGAUGCAAAGAAAGAUGAUCAUGCUACCUGUAGAGAAGAAUUGGACAGUGUUACGGAAGGAAAACAAGAUGAGACUGCUGUUACAGAGGAAGAGAGAUCAGAGUCCCUUUUACCAGUGGAUGACACAAUGGAGAGAGAAAGUGAUGUCAAUUUAUGCAGCUUUGAAGAUAGCAAUGAAGUUAUACUAGAAAUGGAACCUGCUAAACUGAGCAUCCUGGAUACUAGAGAUGAUACAUCACAGGAAAGCCAGAUUUCAGACUUACCAGUUUCAAAGAUCAGAAGCAAAGAAAGACAAUCUGAAGAAACUAGAGAAACAAAGAACAAAGACAUGCAUGGCUUACAAAGACCGGAUGAAAAGCAGAGUACAUCAGAAAGCGAUUCUCAAUCUGAAGUCAUGAAAACUGACAUGCCAGCAGGCAGAAGGCGUUUGCAAAGACCUAAACCCAAUUUAGUGAGAUCAUCUGUAAGGAGAGAAGCAUCAACACAAAAGAAGACGGAGGCUGAGACUUCAUCUUUGAACCUUGUGAAUGCUGAUGAAAAGUGCUCUGAGGAAGACAGUAGCAGAAGGAGGAACGAAGCCACAGAAGUAGAGAACAUGGCUUUGGGUACUAAAUCUGAAGAACCUGAAAAAAAUGUAAUUGCAAAGGCAAUAGUUAGAGGAUGUCGACAGAGAUUUAAGCCUAAUAUUACAAGAGCAUCUGGAAAGAAAGAAGAGCCUGAAAAAGAUGCAGGAAAUGAUACAGUGUCUCAUCCACAGCCUGAGGAGGAAACCGAAAAGAACACUGACCGAAGUAAUAGGUCUGAUGCUACCAGUGAAGAAGCUGGAGAAAAAGGUGAUGAAGUCCUGGAGACAGUGCCUCAGUCUAAUGAAACAGCUGGUUUACAACAAGAUGGCAAACAGAGUGUGCUGCAACCAGCACCUCUAAAGAGAGGCAGAUUGCAGAGACCAAAACCAAAUCUAGGAAGGAGUGUUCUAAGACAGAAAGACCUCACAGCUGAAAAAGCUCCUGAAGAGGAGAAAACUGAAGGUGGAGAACUACAAAAAGAUAUGAUACACCAUAAGGAUGAAAGCAACGAUCCGUGCCUUGAAAAUGAUAUGAACUCAAUACAGGAAAAGUCCUCUGAAGCAGAAAGGUAUGAAAAUGAAAAGGGAUUGUAAGAUAUCUUGAAACAGGUUCCAGAUUUCAAUACAAGGGAGUCUGGUCCUCAGAAGGAAGAGGAGAAAACUGUUCUAUCAACAGCUUGGCAACUAAAGAGUCGAUUCCAGAGACCAAAGCCAAAUUUAAGAACGACAACUAGUAGGAAGAAAGUGCUGGAUGUAAAUAAUACAGGUGUAUCACAGGAAGAUACCAACAAGGAAGGAAGUUUGAUACAGUGUGACAGUGAAUGUGGCAUCCUUCUUGAUACAGAUGAUGUAGGAAAACAUCAAGUCCUGCAAUCAUUGGAGCUCUUAGGAAAGGAGAAGUCUGUUGGCUCUCAGGAGGUUUCUGAGAGUCCAAGCUGUAAGUCCCCAAAGAAAUUUUCAAGAUCAGAGGAUGGCGAACUCAAGUCUUGUCUACCCAAGAUUAGCCAAGAUGACACCUCAGCCACUAACACAGACAAAAAUAGCACUGGAGAACAUAAACAAACGCCUCUUCAACCUGCCCAAUUAGUGCGGCGCAGAUUCCAGAGGUAUAAGCCAAACUUGGUAAGAGCUGUUGUAAGGAAGGAAUUACAAAUACCAGAAAAGAAGAUGGAGAAAACUCCUGAACCAGAGCAGUCAGUAUUGCAAGAAGAUGAGUCUGCCAGUACUCUCAUUGGUACAAAUGAAGCAGUAUUGUGUCAAGCAGAUGUAUUGAGCAAAGUGGAACAGGAACAGCAAGAGGUGCCUCAGCUGCCCUGUAUUUCUGAAAACAUAUUGUGUGAACAAAGCAGUGCUGAAAAAUCCACUUCCCAAGAAGGCAAGCUGGGUGCUCUGGGAUCAGGACAUUUCAUAAGGAAAGCAUCUCCAAGAAUUAGGCCGAACCUAAAAAGAGCAUAUAGGGAAAAAGAAUCUCCAGUGGCACGAACACUUGCUGCUCCAGUUGAGGAAAAAGCAAAUAAAGGAGAAAAUCUGCCUAUGGUAGAAGAAUCUGAGGAACUUCCUUCCUCAAAAGAUGACAUGGAAGUACCAUUGUCUGUGGAGAGUUUGGUCAAGGAUGACAAUCUAGACAUAAAUCUGAAAAGUAGGAAGUCAGAAACACUCUGUUCCCCUGAAAAAUCACCAAACUGCCACAAUAAGGCAGAACAAGAACAACAGCUAUCUGAAGAUACAAUAGGAAUCAUUCAGGAUACUGCAGAAAG